CUCUUUCCAGUAACUAUCCGAAUAUAGGAAUUUCAUUUUUAAGCUGUUGUUGUUGUUGUUGUCGUUGUUGUUGUCAAAUCUGCCCUAAUAUAUAAGGGACCAAAACGCUAUUUUUGAAUGCCUUUACUGGCCCCUUUUUCUUUCUUUGUACUUUUUCAGUUGAGCAUCUCCCUUUAAUUACAAUACUUUAAAUCCUGACCUGGAUGCAACGCACAGUUAAAUUACCGACCAUCCAUCUGCAAGACGAAGAAGCCGUUGCAGGCACAAAUCGUAUACGAUUAGUGAAGGCUGAAGAAACCCAAAAUGAUAGAAGAUGGUUUGAUAAAAUGAGAAAUCUCGUCCAAGCCCAUGAAUAUCUUUGUCAUGUUGCUGAAGCUGUAGAAUGGAUUGAAGAUUUUCUGGAUGAAAGGAUUGAUAACAACGAUGAUAGAGAAGCAUCUAUUCUGCAAAUAGAAAAAACACUGCAUGAUGGUGUUGUACUUGCCAAACUAGCACGAAGAAUUCACCCAGGAAUUAUCAACAGCAUCAUUUCGAGUGAUGAAAAAUUCAAAUUUCUACGUUCAAACAAUAUCAAUGCAUUUCUGCAGGUGUUGAAGGAAGUCAGGUUGCCUUCUAUUUUUUGGUUCGAGUUUGUUGAUUUAUACGAUCAAAAAAACAUACCCAAGGUGAUUUACUGUAUUCAUGCUCUUAGUCAUUGGCUUUAUUCAAAUGAUUCAGCACCUAAAAUUAGAAAUUUGAACGGCGAACUCAACUUCUCAGAGGCUGUCUUGGUAGCCACUCAACGUAAUUUGGAAAUGUCAGGCGCAACCAUGCCAAACUUCAGCAACCUCGGUUUAUCAAUGCAGAAGGAAUUGAAUGGAAAUAAAAGAUCACGGUUUGCUUUUAAACCUAUAGAUGAUGCUGUGAUAAAUGAUAGUAAUGAAGUCAUACCAAAAACACGACAAGUAGGUAAACUACAGCCAAAGGAUUUCCUGAUGAUGACAGAUUUGUAUGACUCGGAUACAGAAUCAAAAUCCUCUUCCAGUGAUGAACAGGAGAGCAUAUCAGUACCUACUAUGCAGAGACUCACAUUUUUAGGUGUGUUGAUACACAGAAACAUAUUUUAACUUGCAAAUUUUGCUGAUAAUCACCUUGAUUCUUAAAACAGAUGCCGACAGCGAUUCUUUCACCUGUAGCUCAGAUUCUGACAACGAUUUGGACGUACCUGAUCAU